AUGGCUAAUGCAAACGAUAACGCUGUUGAUCUGGAUAGCCUAAUCAGUCGUUUAUUGGAAGCGCGCGGGCGAGAUCUGAGGGAAAUGGGGCCGGUACAAAUAGCCGAAGGGGAAAUGCUUGGACUGCUCUCGAUGAGCAAGGAAGUUUUUCUGGCGCAGAGUUGCCUUAUGGACCUAAUGGCACCGAUAACGAUCUGCGGUCAGCGGUUUUUGUUCAGUUCAUCUUGA